UCUCUCUCUCCCUCUCUUACACACACACACACACACACCGUAGAGCAGCGGCAGUCCUCCCGCAGGAACUGUCGCAGGACGCAGGUGUCUUUUAUUCCAGGGAGAAACGGUACCAGAACCGGGACUAGAACCGAGCGGCUGUAACCCGGGACAACCAGGCAGGUGUGUCCGCCGUGACGUCGUUGGCGGGACGGGGGCUGCAGCUGGAGCAGGAAACGUGACGGGAAUCGAAGCGGAUCGAUGGUCUGAGGUUCAUCAGGAUGAUGAUGAUGAUGAACUCCUCAGAAAAAAUGAAGAAGAAACCUCCGAAGGACAGUUUGACUCUGCUGCCAUGUUUCUACUUCGUGGAGCUGCCCAUCGUGGCGUCCUCCAUGGUGUCUCUGUAUUUCCUGGAGUUGACCGACGUGGUUCAGCCGGCGCAGGUCGGAUUCCGUUGUCACGACCGCGAGCUCAGUUUACCGUACGUGGACGGAGGAGACGAACUCAUCCCGCUGCUGAUGCUGCUCAGCCUUGCCUUCGCCGGACCCGCCGCCUCGAUCAUGCUGGUUGAAGGUGUGAUCUACUGCCUGCAGUCCAGACUGAAGCUCCGCAGGCCUGAAGGAAGCAUCAACGCUGGAGGCUGCAACUUCAACUCCUUCCUGAGGAGGACGGUCCGCUUCGUAGGUGUGCAUGUGUUCGGUCUUUGUGCGACAGCUCUCGUCACUGACAUCAUCCAGCUGUCGACAGGUUACCACGCCCCCUUCUUCCUCACCGUCUGUAAACCAAACUACACUCAGACGUCAUGUGACAGGAACUCUUACAUCACUAAAGACAUCUGCUCUGGACACGACCAGCACGCCAUCGUGGCCGCCAGGAAGACUUUCCCGUCCCAGCAUGCCACUCUGUCAGCCUUCGCUGCAGUUUAUGUUUCAAUGUAUUUUAACUCGACCAUCUCCGACAGCACCAAGCUGCUCAAACCCGUCCUCGUCUUCGCCUUCGCCAUCGCGGCGGCGCUGACGGGUCUGACUCAGAUCACUCAGCAUCGCAGUCAUCCCGUCGACGUCUACGUGGGCUUCGUCAUCGGAGCCUUCAUCGCCGCUUAUCUGGCGUUUCACGCUGUCGCUAACUUUAAGUCCUCUGAUGACAUCACUCUGACCCCGCCCCCCCCACCUCCUAAAGAAGAUCCUCUUCGAGCGCUGACGGAGCGAGGACACGAGUCCGUCUAUAACAAGGGACCUGCCUCUGCCUCGGAGAGUAACGAUGAGAUAGCGGCGGCUCCGCCCCCCCUGGACCGGCUGGAGGGCCUGGGGCCCCUGCAGAGGGAGAAGGCCUCGAUGGGGAGCCUGAAGAGGGCCAGCGUGGACGUGGAGAUGCUGGCUCCUCGCAGCCCCAUGGGUAAAGAGACAAUGUUGACCUUCAGUCACACGCUGCCCAGGGCCAGCAUGAACAUUAACGGGGUGCUGGGGGCCGAGGGACCAGAGGAUCCGGUUCAGUCGGUUCAACCGGUGCAGCCGGUGCAGCCGGUGCAGCGGCGUUUGAAGGCCGUGCAGGUUCCCAUGGACCCGCUGCGGUCGCAGCAGCUGGUGUCAGAGUGGAAGCAGAAGUCCAUGGAGAUGAGAGGCCUGAGCGUCCGGGAUGAGGUGGAGCACGAAGCCAGCGAGGACGGCUCUGAGGUGGGCUCUGUGGGGACCGACGAUGGGGGUUCUCAGGUCCCUAUCUACCAACCUGUGGUGCAGUCUGGUAGAGCAGCCUCCAGCCGCAACCCCACUCCACCUCCAGGCGGCGCCAAGGCUGUGGCAACUCCCCGACCGCCACAGAUCCCUGAAGCAGGACCCCCACCAGUGUCCCCUAAGAGCGCCCUGACACGGGCCAAGUGGCUUGCCAUUCGGGAGAAGACGAGUGGGGAGGGGUCUGCCCGUGGUGCCGCUAACCAGCCGCGACUCAUGCAGGUCAUCGCCAUGUCAAAGCAGCAGGGCCUCCUCCCUUCCUCCUCCUCAGGGGAGAAGUCUUCUGAGACCACCUCCACCUGCUCCGCCUCCUCCUCCACGGCCAACUCACCGCACUACCGCCACCCGCCUGAGCAGCAGCGGGAGGGUUCAGGUAUCGUCACAGUGGAUGCCCAUGCUCCCCACCAUCCUGUUGUUCAGGCUCUGGCCCCUCCUCAGGCCCUCGCAGGUAACGGUAACCCGUGGGAGUGGGCGGGGGCAUCCAACGGGGGUGACCCACGGGACACCUACGACCUCAACAGCCUGAACCGAGGAGACUCGGCCGCCCACGGCAGCAGCUUCCGGCCGCACCGAUCUGCCUCGCCAUGCGGCACCAUUGACCCUGACGCUGCCUCGUCCAGAUGUCACCCCCAGGGGGAGACACCAGCGGACACUAAGCACAGGGAGAUGGCCAUGAGACGCAAGACGGCACUCGUUCUGUUGGAUCGAGAGAUUCGUAACCAGACUGACCAGGAAAACUAUUAUAAGAGUUUGCAAGGACGGAGGUUCAAGGAUUAGUCUCCUCCUUUUCAGAACAAAAGCCUUAUUUUAGAACUGAUCAUGAACAGCACAGUACCUGGACAGUGGUGAGGACCAUGUUGCUAUGGUGAGGAGCAUGUUGCUAUGCACUUCUUGCUGCAGGGUCAGGCCUGAUGCUCGGUGACUCAACACUAACAGUUUCCACAUCAGAGACGUUUUUGUCUGAAGAAAUAAAAUUAGAAUAAAAAACUGUAUCUAAGGUAGAAAAUAUAAUGAUGAAAUACAAUAACAAAUACUAAAUACAAUAACCUGGGGCCAAAGGGUAGGGGUGAGGUAGUAAAUCGGGGUGGGGUCAUAUGUUGAGUUUGGAAAUCUGUCCAGGAUCUGAUUGGUCCGUCACGUCAGAGAUGUUCCUCAGCUGGAACCUGAUGAUGAUCUUGUGUCUCAUCCAGCAGUGAAUCUGUCUGACUGGUGUAAACCUCCGUUACAGUGUUGGGCCUUCGAGCAAGACGCUGGAGAGUUUCCAUGGCAACUCAUUCUGUAGUAAUAAUAAUAAUAAUCUGAAGUCAAAGAGAUGGUUUGAAAGAUUAAUUGUAGAAGCACAAACACGCAACAAACCUGAAACCUGCAGUGAAGCUCCUGCGAUAAGAUCCUGCUGUUAUUCACGACUUCACCAGCUGCGUUCAGGGACGACGUGGACGUUAUGACGUCGUGGACGUGUGACAGUAUGACAGAGUCUUACACUGACUGUAAAUUGCCUGGAUCAGUUGGUCUUUGCCUUUCUCUUUUGAUGGUUUCGUUGCUAUAGUGAUUCUCAGCAUGUUGGUUUGUUUGUGUGCUGCUCUGUGAUUGGUAGAGUGUGAAUGUGAGUAUUUAUUCAGGAUGGACCAACAUGAGAUAAAUAUUAUCCAGAUAAUGAUGUUCAGAAUUGAAAGAUACACUCUUUGAUUUUGUUUCAGCUUCCUGAAAAAAGUCUUGUUACAAAAAUAUAUUAAAUACAAGUUAUUAACUCAUAGACACAAGUUAACUGGUAGAUACAGGUUAUUAACUCAUAGAUACAGGUUAGGAACUGGUAGAUUCAGGUUAUGAACUGGUAGAUUAAGGUUAUGAACUUGUAGAUAGAAGUUAGUAACUCGUAGAUACAGCUUAUUAACUCGUAAAUAAAGGUUAUGAACCCGUAGAUACAAGUUAAAUAGUUAGAGUUAAAUAGUUAGUGUCUCGUAGAUACGAGUUAAUAACUCAUAGAUACAGGUUAUUAACUCGUAAAUACAGGUUAACUCGUAGAUACAGGUUAUUGAGUCGUAGAUACAGGUUAUUAACUCGUAGAUACAGGUUAAUAACUCGUAGAUACAGGUUAUUAACUCGUAGAUACAGGUUAUUAACUCGUAAAUAUAGCUUAUUAACUCGUAGAUACAGGUUAUUAACUAGUAAAUAUAGGUUAUUAACUCGUAGAUAAAGGUUAAUAACACGUAGAUACAGGUUAUUAACUCGUAGAUACAGAUUAUUAACUCGUAAAUAAAGGUAAUUAACUCAUAAAUAAAGGUUAUUAAUUACCAGACACAGGUUAUUAACUCGUAGAUACAGGUUAUUAACUCGUAAAUAUAGGUUAUAACCUCGUAAAUAUAGGUUAUUAACUCGUAGAUACAGGUUAUUAACUCGUAGAUAUAGGUUAUUAACUUGUAGAUAUAGGUUAUUAACUCGUAGAUACAGGUUAGUGUUAUUUGCGUAGAAGUUUGUGUCUCUGGGACGCUGGUUUCCAACAAAGACAAAAUAACUAAAUUGUCUGUUUGGUCAUUUAAAUUUGUCAAAGUGUCAGUAAAAGAAAGAAGAAUUAAAUAAUCGACUCGUUAAUCUUUAAAAAAAUAAAACAUGAAAUAAUGCAGCUGUUAUGAAAAAUAGGAAUUAAAGUGUUGAUUAUUUUGUUGUGGUUAAUUCUUUUGAAAGAAUUUGAAACUAAAUCAGUGUGUAUCUGUAAAUGUGAAGCUGAUGAGUGCGUCUGUUACUGUGUCUGUUAUUGUUGCAUGAACUCAUCUCUUCUCCAUGUGGAUAUAAAACACAAUGAUUCUGUAAAUGUUGUGACUGGAAACGUAAAAAGAGAAAUGUGUUGUGAACAGCAUGUUCUGUGGUCGUCAGGGGCAAUGAUCUCAAUUAAAACCAGCUGCGUCUCAA